AUGCACAAGACAAAUGUGAUGGGGACGUUAAAUAUGCUGGGAUUGGCGAAGAGGGUCGGGGCCCGGUUCUUGCUCACCAGCACCAGUGAGGUCUACGGUGAUCCUCUAGAGCAUCCUCAGAAGGAGAGUUACUGGGGGCAUGUCAAUCCCAUAGGUGUUAGGAGUUGUUAUGACGAGGGAAAGAGAACAGCAGAAACUCUGACAAUGGAUUACCAUCGUGGUGCUGGCGUUGAGGUCAGAAUUGCUCGCAUAUUUAACACAUAUGGCCCUCGUAUGUGUUUAGAUGAUGGCCGGGUCAUUAGCAACUUUGUCGCACAGGCUUUGCGGAAGCAACCAAUGACAGUUUAUGGUGAUGGAAAACAAACCAGAAGCUUUCAAUAUGUUUCAGAUUUGGUUGAUGGAUUGGUAACUCUGAUGGAAAGUAAGUAUGUUGGACCUUUCAACUUGGGGAAUCCUGGCGAGUUUACCAUGCUAGAGCUUGCUGAGCUAGUGAAAGAGACAAUUGACCCGAGUGCGAGUGUCGAAUUUAAACCCAACACUGCAGAUGAUCCACACAUGAGAAAACCGGACAUCUCAAAGGCCAAAUCUCUUCUCAAUUGGGAGCCGAAAGUAUCACUGAAGCAAGGCCUGCCACGUAUGGUUUCGGACUUCCAAAAACGCAUCUUGGAUGAGAAAUGAGCAGGAGUUACUGAACUAGGAACUGUAUUAUACUUCACAGACCACUUUUAGUGGCUUGACAAGCUCGUUUGCUGGCGUACAGGCUAUAGAUCACUUGCCUAGAUUCUUGCUCCAGGCAAUUAUUUUGUGACAGACUUCUGUUACACACUUGAGUUUAGUUCCAUUGAUACGUAUAUUUUGUCUCGGAAAUAUGUGUUCAUGUUCUUGUCAAAACCUUAGCCUUUCAGAGAACAGUACUAGCUAGGGAUCUACAUAAAUACAGAGUACUUUUUUUCUUUCUCUGGUUGCUGUAUUUGAAAUCCGAUUUCAUGUUACUUUAGGGCAUAACACAAAUACUUUUUUUUCAUGGUGUAA